UUGACUCUCCUUUAAGGUCCAUUUCUUCUUCCUUUCGCGCUUGCUUCCUGAAAAGUGAAAACAACGAAGCCUCCUCUUCCCUAAACACUCACUCAAUUUGAGCCGGAGAGAGAGAGAGAGAGAGAGAUGGGUCAAACCGGGGCAUUGGGUAGGGCGGAGAAGCUCCGGAAGGACGGCAACACCUACUUCAAAAGGGGUAAAUACUUGGCCGCCAUCGAUGCCUACACUGAGGCAAUCACGCUGUGCCCUAAAGUCCUUGUUAAUUAUACCAAUCGUGCUCAGUGUCAUCGCGUUCUUAAGGAUUGGACCAGAGUCGAAGAAGAUUCCAGGAAAGCUAUUCAGCUCGACAGUGAUUGGGUCAAGGGCCACUAUUAUCUGGGGCUUGCACUACUGCAGAAGCAAGAAUAUCCUGAAGGAGUUAAGGAAUUGGAGAGGGCUUUGGAUCUUGGGAGAGUUGCUGAUCCCAAGGGUUAUAUGGUAGAAGACAUAUGGCAGGAGCUUGCAAAGGCAAAAUUCAGGGAGUGGGAAGACGCAUCAAGUCAACGUGCAUGGGAAUUGCAAAGCUUGAAAGAAGCUUGUGAAAGUGCUCUCAGACAGACACAUGAUGCUUUUCAGAUGGAAGGGUUUCUGGAUGAAGAUGGUACUACCCAUAUGAAACAGUUAGAGGCUUUAGGAAGAGUGUUUGAAAAAGCUGCAGAAGCUGACACAGCAAGUGAGGUGCCCGAUUAUUUAUGUUGUAAUAUCUCACUUGAUAUAUUUCGUGAUCCUGUAAUUACACCAAGUGGUGUUACAUAUGAGAGAUCAGUGAUCCUGGACCAUCUUGAGAAGGUGGGUAAGUUUGAUCCUGUUACUCGCGAGCCAGUUGAACCGUCGCAGCUAAUACCAAACUUUGCCAUAAAAGAAGCAGUCCAAGCUUAUUUAAAAGAACAUGGUUGGGCCUAUAGAACGUCGUAAAGGUUGACUUCUUGCUAUUCGGAACUAAUAGUCCAUAGUUGUGCUAAAACAUGUAAUGGACUACACUUGUGUGGCAGAGUGCAGUGGAAAGUCUUAUCCUUCUGAAUUGUACAGGUAAAUUGUAUUGACAAUAAGUCUAUGACUCAAUGCUUUAUGUAGAUUUGUGUCCUGAACUUGCACACUACUGUGUAGCGCUUAGCAGUAAGAGCUGACAGUGCCUUAUGGAGUGUAAGAGCACCUAAUACGUGCUUUCUCAGUAAGCACUUUCAAGUGCAUUUACAAAAUGGCAAAUUGUUAUGAAUGAGAAACGCUCAUACAUAAGCGAAGUUGCGGGCUUUUUUACUGUA